GGGAGAUUUUUUUAUAAAUGGUAUUAUAGAGAGAUUGUUUCUAAGUCUAAAAAUUCUGCUAGUUUAAAUAUCAAAGACAUUUAUAAUAAUGCAAUUAUUAAUAUUUAUAAAUUCUACUGGGAAUUGACAAUAACUCAGUUUAUAGAAGAAAAAUUGGAUGUCUUGGCUAGAGAAGGUAAUGAUCGUCUUCCCAGUGGUGAGAUUCUGGAAUUAUUAAUCAGUAACCCAUCGGGGUAUGACUUGAAAAGUGUUAUUGACAAUUAUUAUAAUAAUUCUGAGCCGGAAGAAGAUGAAAUUUGGCCUGUUCAAAAAAUUAAUUAUCCUGUGUUUCAUGCAACGUCGACGAUAAUCCGCGAAGAAGGUAUUUUCAGUCUCUGGAAAGGCCACUUACCUGCGCAAUUUCUGUCAAUUACUUACGGUCUGACUCAGUUUUACAGUUACAACAAGUUGAUGGAAGUGAUGACAGAUUCAAAGAUAAACAACAGACAUUACUCGAUGAAUUUUAUAGCUGGUGCAACAGCUGGUACAAUUGCAACAAUUGCUUCAUUUCCUUUUGAUACUGCAAGAACAAGACUCGUCGCGCAAUCUUCAACUCGGAAAAUUUACACUGGAUUAUUCAAUUGUUACUGGACAAUUCUAAAGACUGAAUCAGUAAGAACAUUAUUUCGAGGACUUUCACUGACUUUAUUGCAAGUAGCCCCACACACUGGCUUGCAAUUUCUCUUUUACAAUAUAUCAACAAUACCUGAUAGUGAAAUAACCGUCUCGAAUUCAUUACUAUCUGGAAGCAUCGCUGGAGUGCUUUCAAAAACUGCGAUCUAUCCGAUGGACCUGGGGCGUAAGCGUUUGCAAAUUCAGGGCUUCGAGCACGGAAGAGUUGGGUUUGGCAAAUUUUUCCACUGCGGUGGCUUGGUUGAUUGCUUUGUACGUAUUGUCAAAGAUGAAGGCGUUCUCGGUUUAUUCAAAGGCUUACUUCCUAGUCAAGUGAAAGCAGCAGCAACAAGUUCUUUGCAUUUUACAUUUUAUGAGCAAGCUUUACAUCUAUUAAGAUUUAUACAU